AUGAACGUGGGCGGCAUAAAGAAGAAAGACGCCCUGUGCGGUCAGGUUAGCAAUUCUAAGGGGAUAAGAGCAGAUACGGUGGCUACCGAAGUGGUGCGCCUAUUCGAUGUCGCCGUAGACUGCCUCAGGAUAUGUCUGUCUUUGUUAUCAGUCAGCAAUAUGGAUCACGUAAAGGAUGCGAAAGAGAAAUUGGUAGCGGAAAUUGAAAACUUACAAAUUGAUGACAAAAUGAGCAGUCAGUCUUCAUCGCGGUUUAAUAGAAUGCCAGAAGGAUUAAAGCAGAUUAUAAAUGGACAAAGCAAUAGGUCCAGAGAAGAAAUUAAAAUGGAACGCAAGACUAAAGCUGCUGAAGCGAAGGCAAGAAAAACAAAGGCAAAGAAAUUACUUAAACAAAGUAGUGCGUUUGCAAAUGGAGAAAAAACAUUAGAAAACACAGUGAAUCGGAAAAAAGAAUGCUCAUCAGAUGCUACUGGACAACAACAUGUCAGUCCAUUUAAGUUUAUGAAAGAUCCUGGAGUUCCGAGUGGUUUUCGAUCUUCACAGCCUUUUAAAGCUGUUCAUUUUGGUAUAGAUCUAACAACAAAGGAUAAUGAGUGGGAAGAGGGCUCAUCUAAACAGGCAUCGUUCUGCGAAGUGUUAACACCAAAUAUACAUCCUUCAUUUUUGGUAUUUUCAAGCAGAUGUGAAACAAAGCAUAUUGUUGGUGUUGAUGCUGUUUGCGUAGCAUUUGUGCAGAGUUUUAAACAAUUCUUAUCGGAUUACGUUGUUCCACCAAAUCAAGUUAUGUCGCGUGAUCUCGAGCAGUCUGUUCGGCAGCAGUUAAACUGUAUGACGGAGAAUGGAAAGCAUUCGUUUCCACUGAUGCUGGGCAAUCUGAUAAAGCAGCUGAAGAAAGAAAUUAGUCAGCUGCCGGAUUCCAUUUCUGAACAAGAAGGUAAAGAGCAUCUUUAUUGUUGGUUGGAUGAUUUUGUGCAGCAGAAUUUCGAGCUUGCAUUACAAGCUAUAUCUUCAUUUUGUCUUAAAAAAAUGAAAAACACAGUUUUUUUGCUCACUUAUUCAUGGUGUCCGGUUGUAGAACGGAUCAUUUUGGAUGCUCACAAUGACAAACUGCUUUUUCAUGUGCACGUUUUGGAUUCGCCUAUAGAGUACAAAGGAAAACAACUAGUGAAGACAUUAUGUGAACGGAAGAUUCCGUGCAGUUAUGGUAUGCUUUCUUCAGUUGGUUAUCUGAUGAAAGAGUGUCAUAUGGUUUUGUUGGGUUGUUCGGCGAUUUUAUCAAACGGAUUCGUAGUGGCAGAACGUGGCACUAGUCAAAUAGCAUUAGUAGCUUCCGCUUCGAAUAUUCCAGUUAUGAUUGCUGCACAAACAUGCAAAUUUGUUGAUCGGGUGCAAUCAUUUUCCCAUGGUAUUCAUGAAGUAAAUAAUUUGAUGGGUGAAAGAAAGGAAGUUGUAGCUGCUGACUUGAUAACUGCAUUGGUUACGGAAUUACGCAUAUUGCCUCCGAGCUCAGCUCCUGCUGUAUUAAAGGCUAAACAGUUAGCUACUGAUUCAUGA